AUGGGGAACACGUUGGGCCUGGCUCCGCUGGCGGCUUUGCCCCGCCGGAGCCCCCGUCGAGAGGAACCCCUGCCCAACCCCGGGAGCUUACUGGGACUCGCGUGUCUCGCUUCAGAUGUCUUCCCAGGACAGAUGGAGGGCGUGAAGCUCGUCGUCAACAAGGUUCUGAGCAGCCAUUUCCAGGUGNNUCACACUGUGCACCUGAGCUCGCUGGGCCUGCCUGGCUACCACCUCCACGCGGCCUAUGCAGGGGACUGGCAACUUAGCCCCACUGAGGUUUUCCCCACUGUGGUAGGUGACUGGGACAGCAGCGGCAGCCUCAACGCCCAGGUCCUGCUCCUCUUGGCCGAGCGGCUCCGCACCAAGGCUGUCUUCCAGACGCAGCAGUCCAAGUUCCUGACCUGGCAGUUUGACGGCGAGUACCGGGGAGAUGACUACACAGCGACUCUGACCCUCGGAAAUCCUGACUUGAUUGGGGAAUCGGUGAUCCUGGUCGCUCACUUCCUGCAGAGCCUCACACGCCGGCUGGUGUUGGGAGGAGAGUUAGUGUAUCACCGGCGGCCAGGCGAGGAGGGGGCCAUCUUGACACUGGCGGGGAAGUACUCCGCUGUGCACUGGGUAGCUACGUUGAAUGUGGGAUCAGGUGGGGCCCAUGCCAGUUAUUACCACAGGGCAAACGAGCAGGUUCAGGUCGGUGUGGAGUUUGAGGCAAACACCAGGUUACAAGACACAACCUUCUCCUUUGGUUACCACCUGACUCUGCCGCAGGCCAACAUGGUGUUUAGAGGCGUGGUGGACAGUAACUGGUGUGUGGGCGCUGUGCUGGAGAAGAAGAUGCCCCCGCUGCCCGUCACCCUCGCCCUGGGGGCCUUCCUCAACCACUGGCGCAACAGGUUCCACUGUGGCUUCAGCAUCACUGUGGGCUGAGGCGCCCGAGCCCCCACGGCAGCUGCAGCCUCUAAGUUAGGUGCCCGGGCCAGGGCCAGAGACUGGGCCUUCUCUGGAGCCCACCUGGCUGGGUGACCUCAUGGUCCCAGGGGCAGAGUGGGGGAUGGGGCCAUGCCCUCACUGAUGAGACGGUGGUCUGAGACCACCUCUGCCCCCCCGCUCCCCUGCGCACGUGUCUGUCCUGCUGCGGCUCUGGCCUAAGGGAGAAGGGGCAGGGGCCUGUCUGGCCGAGUUGUCCUCCUCAUGCUCCCCCUUCAGCAUUUCCCGGUGGAUUAAAGCUCCUCACCUCUUCCUCUUCAGAGCA